AUGAAAUCGUCGCCAGGUUGCACAGAGACGUGGAGCUGGGAAGUUUGGUUUUGUGAAAUCAAGCAACAGGGCUGUAAAGUGAAGGUUGGCGAAGGCCAGAACAAUGGGAGGGUUGAGAUUGUGAGCAGUGAAGUAGGGAAAAACCAUCUGACUAUAAGCGCCAGCCGGUACUUUGCCAGGAGUGCCGGUAGAUUUGGAUUGAUUACGCUAGGCUUGUGUAACAGAGCAGCCUCGCGGGCACGUUUACGUGUGACCCGAGGACUAGGAGGUGGUGGUAAUAAAGUUCCUAACAAUGGUACUGGGUGCGGGGUGGGGGACGUCGCAGAUGUUUCAGGUUGUGAUAGAGCGAUUUGA